AGGAAAUUCAUCAAAUAACUCGAAAGGGAAGGAAAGAGCAGAACAUAACAGCGCAAAAUAAUAAUAAGACGUCAAACAGACCAAAGAAGAGAAAAUACCUACAUACCUAAACUGAUAAAGAUUAGAAAACCAAAAGCUUCAACCUUUUUUCUUUUUUCUUUCACUCUUUUACAACCAAUAAUAUAGACGACACAUCCCUACAAAUUCAACCCCUCAACUCGUACUCAAACCCGAACUUGAGCUCGACUUAACUCAAUUCAAUCAACAUUGAAAUCUUUAAAUCUUGAAGAUUACGUUUAUUUACAGGCAUCUUACGUCGCUAUUUGAUCGUCAGUACUCAAUACUCUGUACUUGUAUAUAUACAACACCCUCACCUACAUAGCAGCCUACAUAACUACGUAGUUGCUUGAUGUUCAUAGAUGCUGUCGAUCCCUUGAUAUCGCGACGAUCCAUUUUUUCCCGUUCUUGUCUUCUACGCAUACAUGCGACAGAACAUCAUUCUAACCAACCAACUCCUUCUUUACUUAACGUCACCUGAAAUAUCGGUGUAAAUUCAUCUCUCAUCCCUGCCGACAAACGUUACAUCCUGCCUAAAGCCCUUGGGAACCCUAAUAGCUGUUCCCGUCCGAGUCAUGUUGGGAGUCGGUCUGCAAGGUCUAACUUUUUAGAUCCAACCCAUCGGAAUGCUCUCACAUCUCCGCUUCCAUAGACGGGGCCCGUCCAAUCCCUCUUCCCCCAUCCCCGAAAAUAGUCCUUGGGAUGCUACAGCUCUUCAGCCAGCCCAGCUUGUCCCCGAAGAUGGAGUUCCCGCUCCAGAGAUCCGACCGCGAUCAGCCACCUCCGUUCCCUUUGCUCAUGGCCAUGGCCAGCCACCAUUGCAGUCACCUUCUCAGGUAGCGUCACCUCAAUCGCAACAGCAACCGCCUGUCUUGCCACCCAUUGCGAGAAUUUCUUCGGCCGACUCAGAUUUAUCAAUCAAUGUCGCGAACCUCGAAUCAAAUCCCCGAGAGGAGUCGAAACCGCUGCCGCGAUCACCAUACAGCGAGGAUACUGGCUUUAUCGGUGGAUUGGCUUUGCAGAAGUAUCGCCAAAGCCAAGAGCUAUCGCGACCAGGGCCACCCGAUAGAAAGACGAGCAAUGUGUCAGAACCCCCAGUUUUCAAUCGUCAGCCGCCACCUGCGAGACCUACCAAGGCUGCCUCUUCCUUUGUCACACCCACAUCUCAGAAUGUGGUCGCGUCAGGGAAAAGACCGCCGGGCGCUAGGAUGACUUCGGAGCCGCAGACUUUGCAAACCCAACCGGCGCCUCAAGGUGCUCCCAGGGGCAAAAAGAGUCUGCCGUUUCUGAAGAACCCCAUGUCGACGUUGUUAAUGCGGAGGAAGACUAGUCAGAAUAUACCAGAUCUUACUUUACCAUUACGCGGCCACGACGACGAGCCUUCGUACGAUCCUCGAAUUAGGGGUACCCGAGUGCAUGAUUUUAGUGCUCCGCGGCCGAGAAAAGUUGUAUCGAGUAGUGAGCACACGGCUUCAGUGGCUGAGAAGCCUCGCCAAGACACCGUAUCACCUAUCGUAGAGUCUCCUUCAUCUUCCGUGGCAGCACCUCCGGUGCCUCCUAAAGAUGGUACUUCCGUAUCCACUAGAACAUCGUCCACGGGUUCUCGGACAUUAUCGGUAGACACGGGGUCUAUUCAGAAGUCUCGGAGUUCUAGAAAUGGACAAAUGAGUGUUAUGUCUAGGAAUGAGAUGAACAGCCAGAGGAGAAAGAGCUCCGUCCCAGCAUCAAUCAGGUCGUUAUCACGCAAUGUAUCAGAAGCAUCUGCUCGUGACGUUCUUUCGUCCGUACCAAAACAUAUGAAGAGCACAUCUUCCCGGUUCAGUUUUGAUAUGAUUGGCGCAGCGAGGCAGGAAAAGCUAUUGGAAGAACGUCAUCGGCAACGAGAACAGGAUAAGAAGAUUGAGGUUCCUGCCCCCCGGGAUUCUCGUUUCGAUGACUUCGAUGAAGAUGCCUUUGACUAUGACGCAAUGGAUUACGAUGAUGGCUUAGAAGAGCGGAUACCAGGUGUAAAUGCUGAUCUAGACGAGUACGAAGAGGAUCAUUUCGAGGGCGUAGACGACCCCGACAAUGAUCAAGAAAACUUUGCGGGCUUUACUUUCCAGAGAUCGAACCCCGUUUCCGAGCUAACGAGCCCUUAUGGCACUGGACUAUUACCUACCCCUAGGGAUGCUGAUGGUAGUGUCAUUGGCUACGCCAAAACUGGGGAGACCCCGGAUGCUCAGCUAUCCCCUGACGCUUAUCUUCAGGCCCAGAUUGAGGCGCUUUCCAAACAGACUUCUGAACAGAAUACCCCAACUGGACUUGGCAUCCAGGGGCUUGAGGCUGCUGGGGGAGUACCGGAGCAAGUCUCAUUUCAACAGCAGUCGCAGGAGCCUAUAGCACAAAGAAAGCUUGAUAAAGAUGAUGAGCUUUAUUUUAAUGAUGGUCUAAUCCAUGAUUUUGAUGGAGAGGGUGACGGCUCGGCAUUCGACGAGUCCAUAUUUGACCUGGAUGACACCGAUCAAUAUGGACGGCCUAUCCCAGGACUGUUUGCCAGGGCAUUGUCACAGAGAACAGGAAAACAGGAGACGGAGGAUACAGAGGGGUCGAAGAGGCGAGAAUCAGACAUAACCUCCAGAUUGUCGGCGCAGUCUGAACUCUCGCACUCCACAGCGCAUACUUCACUCAGUGCUGACCUACAGUCCAAACCGACGGAAGCAGAGAUCAACGAAGACCAGGUUCCACGCAUAGAGGAGCGGCAGUCGUCCAUUGCUGGCUUGCCUCCUGCAGACCAAGACCAAAUAGCAGCCUAUCAGGCGGCCCUUGCAGCCGCAGCUUAUGAAGCCGCUGCUUCGGGCAAAUUUCGAAGAGAUUCAUCUCCAUCGUUGCCUACCGAGCUUACAGUGACAUCCCCCACCACAACAGGAUCCUCCUAUCACCCACCCGAAGAGCUAGAUGAACUCAAUGGGUACGAUUACGACAAUGAGCUAUCGUCGGGACUGGACGAUUACGAGCUCGACGACGACGACAUUAUCGCAGAGGCUAACGCUAGUGCUCUGGCGAACGACUCGGAUGGCUGGUAUGGACAGGAAUUCGGGUUUUAUUCUGUACCAGCACCGCUUAACGUUCAUCAUAAUACUAAUAACACCAAUGUGCUUAGCGAGAAAAACCUGUUCCAUUAUUCCCAUGGUGGUUAUUUUGGGCCAAGUGGUGUCAAUCGCUCCACUUCCGGUCGCGUCGUUUCCCGGGAGCCGAAUUUGACACCUAUCACGGAACGCUCCGAGUACUCGAACCGAAAUUCCAUCAUGAGUCUAGGAAUACCUCAAAGCGCAAAUCCGAACGCACCCUUGCAGAGUCCUGGUUUGGCUCAGCUGGCGAUGAUGGCCGACGACGAUAAUAUGUCGCUAUCCGCCCUGCUUCGCCUACGCUCUAGGGCCUGGGGUGGCUCCCAAGCCUCAUUAGUGAGCUCACGCGACGGAUCACCCAGUGAUAGAAAUGGAGCUACGAGCCCGUGGAAUCAAGAUCAGCAUGGGUUUGCGCCUUCGCAUGCUCGCAAGAACUCUACCUUUUCCAUCAUUAGUCAGGAUUCAACAGGACCAGGUAGCGGUUCGGGCAGUCCUACACUGACCAUGUCCAUGUCAGGCCUUCCAAACCAUGCUAUCCCACCCCUCAGUAUCCCAUCACACUCCGAUCCAACGUCUUCCGCAUCUCCUGUCAGCGCGCCAGUCUUCUCUCCCAUGCAACCAUCUUCAGGUUGCCCACCCGUUUUCGAGGACGAGGAAGCAAGUCCCCUAACGGAGAAGAGGAAGUCGACUGGAAGCACAUGCACGUCAGCGUCGGGUACAUUACCGAGACCUUUUGCGGAGAAUAUGAGUCCUACGAUAGGUGUGCCAUCUCAAAGGAGUCCUAACAUGGGUCACAGGCACAGAGGAAGCGCAGACAGCAUAUCAUACACCAAAGAAGAGGAUAGUGGCGAGACACGCUGGGUGAUGGAGCGACGUCGCACUGCUGAGUCGGGAGAGAUUGAGAUCCUAGGCCGGCAAGUUGUGGACCAGGGCAGGAUCUAGAGGUUUCUAAAGCGUCUUCCCGGCUGACAAGUGAAUGUCUGGUAGCUACCUAUGACAUCUCUUCAGUUGAGUGAUGGUAGUGGGAUUGGCGUGGCAUGCAGGUGGACGAUAUACGUGGCAUGGUAUAUGGCUUGUAUGUCCCACUUGAUUACGGUUUCACGGCGUGUAGUAUUAGGGAUAUCCAGGACUGGUAGCAUAGAUAUACAAUGGGUUUGCCGGAGUAUAAAAGGAAUUGCUGGUUUCUUGGAGUUGGAUUUGGGAACUACACCUACCUAGGUUAGGUAGAUACGGAAAGCAAACCGACUCGCUUUCGUCGCUGCAUACCUUAAGUGCCUAGGUACCUGCGCGAGCCACUAUAAUAAGUAUAAUAAUAAUAAUAUCCUGGUUCCUGA